UGAGUGCUCCCAAAUCAUCAUGGUUGCUGGCGCUUUCUUCUUUAGCAUCCAGUGUUUUCCCAUCUUGAGCUUCCUCCUGUUUCCCAGUGGUGGGUCUCCAAGCUUUUCUUGGCAAGGCAGAGCCUGAGACCUCAGCAGCCUCCCAAGGAAAGGUGUUGCAAGCUGCCCCCAGCACCCCAAGGUCCAUGCCCACCACUCAUCGGAGACUUGCACCUUGCAGAGGGUUAUGCUGGUGCAACCGGAGGAGUGGUGAGGGUUUCCUCCACCAGCUUCACCUAACCACACCGCCUCUGCCCAUAAUAGCUUCCCUCCUUCUUCAUGCACGCUCACUUAGCGCACCCUUGACACCAGCGAUGGAGGAUGAUGGAGGUUACAUCAUCAUGACCAAAUUGAAGGUGAAGGACCCCACCCUGAUGCCCAAGCCGAUGGAUCCAGGCACUGGGGAUCUUCUCGGCCGGCAUGGCCAUGAGAAGAAACCACGGGCAGUAGCAAUUUUUGCAAUUCACUUUGUCUUUCCUUCCACUGGGCUUUCCCUCAGCAUUGCUGCAGCGGUGAAAAAAGCCAUGAGAAAUUUCAGCGAGGGGCUUGGGGGGCAUUUUGUCCAUCAGUUUCAUGCUUCAGCCUCUGGGCACCUCCAGGUUCAUCUCCCUAAAUGAUGGCCAGUCCGGCAUUGCCUCUUGCCUACCCUGGAAACCAACACAAAGAAAUGUCAUUUCUUAGCAACUCUUACUCCUUUCUUUCUGCUCCUUUUUUUGCCAAUGCUCAGGACAGAACAACUCUUGUUAUUGUAUUAUUUUUGCCUGCCCAGCUGGGGUUAGAUUUAACCUUGCACCAGCCAAAUAAGCACUAUGCACCCGGGGAUAGCCAGCGCUGCAACACCGAUGCCUGCGACUGGUUCUUCCAUUGCUCAGCACUGCUAAUUUCUCCAUAAAGCCUUCCAAAAGGUUUUUUUCCCCAGGCACAUCCCGCCAUCGAUGCUGUUACAAAGCAGCCAUGCUGCUGCUGCUGCUGAGCCUCCUCCUGGUCUCAGCUGUGAUUUUUCUGAGCAUCCAUGGUAAGGACCAGAGGGGGGAACCUCCCACUAAUCGUGGGGGCUUGGUUUUCUCACACAGCCUUUUGCUGCCCCAUCAUACCAAAAAUUGGCUGGUUUGCCUCGCGGAGGGAACCAACCACAUCUGGAUUGGGCUGCACUUAUCUGUCAGUGCUCACAACCGGACAUGGGUGGACAGGGCUCCCUUGGACCAGCUGAUGUGAGUGUUGCCCAAAGAGAUGCUCAGAUGCAGACGGAGCACCCUGGGGGGGCUUUGGGAGAUGGGAGGGAGCAUUUCUGUGGGAGCUGCUUUGUCUCCUGUCUCUCCAUCAGGUUCAAAGUCUCAGGCAACAUGGACUCGGAGAGCUGUGGGCUGGUGAAAGCCAACCACACCAACCCAGAGACCUGCCAGGCAGAAUUCAAGUGGAUCUGGGAGAGGGAAGCCAUUGAGAUGUAAAGUGACACGGGAAGCAUGGGGGGGGGGGGGGGGCAGCGCAUGGAGACACCUUUUUUUCGAGUCAAGCCAGUGGAAAACCCGCAUGGAAAAACCUGGAAAAUCCUCAAUCCCUUGCUCCUUGGUAGAAAAGAGGAGAAAAGAAACAACAGCUUGGAUGGAGAAGAGCAGCAACUCCAUCACUAUCUUCCAGCCAAGUUGACAAUGAGGUUGCCUCAUCCCAGCCUGAGCAAAGGAGGAAGAGCAUUUCUGGUUGCUUUUUUUCUUUUCCCUUGCUAUUUCUUGCAAAAAAUCUCACAGCUCGCUUGAAGAGUCACAAGCAAUGCCAAAAAGUGGGAAUUGGAAGUACCAAGCCCCUCCCAAAAGCACCCCCAAAACUUGCACUCCUGCAGCCAUACAGACAUAAAACAUAGGUGAAGGACAAAGCGAUCUCACACCGGAGAUGCCCUUUCUGCUGUGCCCCACAUUUUGGGCUUUCUGGCAGUGGACAAGAAUUUCUCGGUAGGGGCACAACUGGUAAUUUUGACCAAAACCCAUCCUGUGAGUGGAUGCUGCAAAAAGCCACAUCCUUUGCCACCUCGCGGAGCGGGAGCUCAAAAAGGGCACGAGGAGGUUCAAAGACAACAUUUAGGUCUUCCUCAAAAGCCAGCGAGGGGGAUGAGCUGGCGACCUGCUGCUGCUCGGCACCGGGACCAUGCCGCAAUGAGGGGAGCCGUCAUCUUCUUGGCGUUCAUGGGUGCUGUCACCACCAUCUCCGUAGCCCCGCUGCAGAACCCGGUUUGGGUUUCCCGGGGGGAGAAAGCCAUCUUACCCGUCUCCCUCCAGCUCCUCAACCCUACCUGGGACUUCUACCAUAUCAAGUGGAGCUUUCUGACGGGGGAUCGCCCAGUUUUGAUUUACACGAUGGAAAGGUGCAACCAGACCCUCGCACCGUCCGGGCAACAGUGCCAACAGAGGAUGGAGGUACCUUCUCCCCGUUAUUCCUCUCCAGCAACCCGGCCCAUGCCCACCUCAACCAGACAGCGCUGCUCUCCUUCUCCCUGCGGACCCCCAGCUCGGGCUGGGACUUCAUCCACAUCACCUGGGAGCUCAUCAGCAGCCCCAAGAACCGUCGCAUCCUCACCUACACCCUGGAUGGUUGCACGGGGAAAGCCUGGAACUGGUGGGAGCAGAGCUGCACCGUCUCCCAGGAGGUGGACAGGUCGUACAGGCAGCGGGCGGGCGUCCGACCGAACGGCACCCUGGCCCUCAGGGAUGUGCGGGAUGAGGAUGCAGGGACCUACCUGGUGACGGUGCGAGCCCCGGACGGGUUGGCUUGCGUGGGUGUCAACCUGUCCGUGAGCAGAGAAAUGCUGGCAGCGGAGUGGCCGAGCAUCCUCAGCAUCAUCCAGAUUGCUGCUGCUGGCGUCGUGCUCUGCUUCCUGGCUCUCAUCUUGGGAGAGCACAUGUUUUGGCGUGGUGACAAGCUGGAAAAGACCCCGGGUGGCACCUGCCACCAGUCCCAACCUCCUCCUGGGGACGACUCUGGAUGAAGAAGCCACCAAGGAUGGAGGGAGACGUGCAGAGGGCACCGAAACCCCCGCGGCUUGUUGGUUUGCCCAGACCAUCAUCUGCAACCUUAAACACUGAGCAAGAACUACUCGUAAUAGUUAAAAAAAUACGGGUUUUGGAGCCGUUUCUCCCCAAAUUAUUACCUGGGUUCCCCGUGCUCUCUGUCUGGACUCCCAUUGCUCUUAUCUACCCAUCGCUGUGGGAAGAUGCUUCCUGUUCCCUUUUUUUGCUCCUUUUUUGCACUUGAAGAGGUCCAAUGCUUUGAGCCCAAGGUGUGGGAGAGCUCUUGAAACAUCCCACAGUCAUUAAUCUUAUUAAUUAGCCAUCAAACAGCAGGAGGCCCUGAAAGGGCAUCACCCCAAUUUCCUGGCGACCGGUUGCUCUCUAGCCAAGAAAAUAAUUGCAAUAAAAAUAAUCAGAUUUCAGCACUCAGCCUCUAGUAAACCUAAAAACAGACAUGGGAUCAGAGGUUCCUUUGUUAAGGGGGAAUUUGAGUGGUUUUUUCUCACCAGCUUGUGCUACAGAAAGGAGUCACCUAAAUCCCACUGGAUUUACCCGGCCCUUGGCAUGUCACUUGGGUUGUGCCCCCACCUCAAGGUUGACUGCUCGAAUGCAACAGCUUCUCCUGGAGACUUUGGGGUUAGAAAGGGGAUUCCGGAGAAAUCGCUGUCUUUCCGAGACUUAUCGAAACAUGGGUUAUCCCAGCUCUGCAUUUACC